AUUUAGUAAUUUAUCAAUAUUCUAUUACUCUAUUGACAGUGGUGAAGGAGAUGAAAAAUUACAUCCUGUUAUUAUUCAUCAAGCUAUUCUAGGUUCAGUUGAAAAAAUGAUUGUUAUUCUUGCUAAAAGCUUUGGUGGAAAAUGGAUUUUAAUGCUUUCUCGCCGUCAAGUUGUAGUAAUUCCUGUCAGUAGUAAAUAUAAUGAUUAUUCCGAGCAGAUUCAAAAGAAGCUCCAUGCCGCUGGUUAUCGCGUUGAUACAGACUUGGAUCACGGAUCAACACUAAAUAAGAAAGUUCGCAAUGCACAAAUUUCACAGUACAACUUCAUUCCUGUUGUUGGUGAAAAAGAGACGGUCUCAGACACAGUCAACGUCAGAACACGUGACAACAAAGUACUCGUUGAAAAGUCGGUUAUGGCCAUGAUCGAACGCUUGCGAGAUUUAGUCAGCUCACGAAGUCUGACAAUCGAAGAUUUUUGAAAUAAAACAACAUUUUUAUGAAAAAUAGGUACGCGUACAUGCUACUGGUCACUGGCAGACUGGCGGCAGUGGUCACUGGUACUUUAUCAGUGGUCACUGGUACUUUAUCAGUGGUGGUAAUAUUGAUUUUAUCGUGGUGGUAAAUUCUUCCAUACGUAAUUUAUGGCGAUAACCAUCAAAAACUUUUCAACUUUUUACCAUCAAGUUUUCACUCAAACGAGAUCGCUUCUCUUUCAUAUUUUGGCUUUUUUCUUGAGCUAGUAGGAGGCUGUGUGCGUUGAUACAAAUCUGUUGAAAAUUGAUGAAUUAUACAAUUACCAAUCAUGUAA